AUGGGAACCAUACCGUCAACCAGGGUCACAGUUACAGCCACCGAUUCACCACAAGAACAACAGCAGGGCGGUAAGAUCCAAGCUCUCCUCUAUGGAUCUGAUGCACAGCAAUGGCAGGGACGUUUCAACACGGCCAUUGCCGACUUUGGCGGCGUUUUCAUCUCCAAGGCGCCUGCGAGUGCAGAACCCUUCUUCGAGAACCUGUUUGGACGCAUCAUCGCACCGCGCAAGAACGCCGCCAUGGAGGAAUACCAGACCGUAAACGCUACAGAGGAGAGGGAAUCGGCACACCCCGACAUUGGAAGAGAUGUAGAGCACGGCCGUGGCCGCUGA